CACACACAACAAGCAGACACACAACCAGGACCUUCAGAAGUCACAGCAAUGUUCUUACACUGCUUAGUGGAAUACCUUGAUUUUAAGUGUUUGCUUAUAGGGUUUUUUCUCUUUUUACUACUUCUUGAUAUCAUCAAAAAUAAAAAUCUCUCCAAUUUUCCACCUGGACCAUGGCCCCUACCUUUCGUGGGGAACAUUUUCACUGGGCUUGACUUUAAAACAAUAGACAAGCUUGCUGAGAAGUAUGGAGAUGUUUUCAGCCUGCGUUGGGGCAGUGAGAAAACUGUGUAUAUCUCUGGACAUAAAAUGGUGAAGGAGGCUCUCGUUACUCAGAUGGACAGCUUUACAGAUCGUCCUGUUGUCCCCCUCUUUCACAAAGUCUAUAAGGGACUUGGUGUAGUUCUCAGUAGUGGAUAUCUGUGGAAAAACCAGAGGAAGUUUGUCAUCACACACCUACGGCACUUUGGUGAAGGAAAGAAGACCCUUGAGCUGAGCAUCCAGCAGGAGAGCAUUUUUCUCUGUGAUGUUUUCAGAGCAGAACAGGGUCCUUUUGAUCCUCAGUUUUUUCUGAACAAUGCAGUCUCAAACAUCAUCUCAGCACUAGUUUUCGGCCAUCGCUUUGAAUACCAUGAUGAAAAUUUUUUGAAUAUCUUGCGAUUGGAUGUUGAAGCUGUUGUUUUGGCAGGUUCUAAUCAAUCCCAGCUGUAUAAUGCCUUCCCUCGUCUCUUUGAAUACGUUCCUGGUCCCCAUAAGAAGAUGUUUGGCAACUAUGCAAAAAUAUUGGACUUCUUAAAAGAAGAAAUAAGAAAACACAAGGAGGACUGGGAUCCCUCAAAUCCUCGGGAUUACGUUGACAGUUACCUUCUAGAAAUGGAAAAGAAAAAGAAUGAUCCUGAAGCUGGAUUUAAUGUUGAGACAUUAUCGAUUGCGAUGCUGGACUUGUUUGAAGCAGGGACAGAAAGUGCAGCUACUACACUCCGCUGGGGUCUUCUCUUCAUGAUGAAGUAUCCUGAGAUACAAAAAAAUGUACAAGCAGAGAUAGACAAAGUGAUUGGACAGUCACGCCAGGCCAGUAUGGCUGACAAAACCAACAUGCCCUACACUGAAGCUGUUGUUCAUGAAGUUCAAAGGAUGGGCAAUAUUGUACCUCUGGGCUUUCCCAAGAUGGCCUCUAAAGAUACUGUACUGGGUGGAUUUUUCAUACCAAAGGGCACAGCUGUGAUUACAAACCUGUCGUCUGUGCUUAAUGACAAGAACGAGUGGGCAACACCGGACACGUUUACCCCAGGGCACUUUCUGGAUAAUCAAGGCCAGUUUGUGAAAAAGGAUGCUUUCCUUCCAUUUUCAGCAGGUAGAAGAUCAUGCCUGGGGGAGCAACUGGCUCGGAUGGAGCUCUUUCUCUUCUUCACCUCUCUGUUGCAGUGCUUUACUAUCUCCCCUUGUCCUGGAGAUGAUCUGAGCUUGGAGGGCCAGCUGGGUUUUACAUAUGCACCCAGAUCAUACCGCAUAUGUGUUACCCCACGAUAAGAGCCCAUGCAUACAAAAUACACAGUUGUACCUCUGGGCUUUC